AUGACCACACUGCGAAAAGCCUUUCAAGCUGUCAGUUCUAAAAGUUCCGAUGAUGAUGACACUUAUGAAUCGGGAACAGAGGAAGCCUCCGAUUUCGGUCUUGUCUUUGCCUCUGACAUUUCCAGUGGAUCAGAUGAGGAGGAUAAUGCGGAAGGCAAAGCAGAACACAUUGAAGGGAUUAGUAAAGGCACCACCGAAAACAGAGAUGAUGACAAUGACACCACCGAAGAAUGUUGUGAUAACAAAACCGCACUUUCAUCGGAAAGUAGCUCCGAAGAGACGGAUGAAGAGACUGCAAAAAGGUGUUCACAGGGUUACCAUUCCUUUUUAGCUUCGUGUUUGGAAAGAAAACUAAAGAUAAAAGAAAUGUUUUCGGAUAAGAGUGCUAAAAAUUUGCGUAGUAACGCUCUUCUACCCUUGCUUGGACCUGAGAACAGAAUCGCUGCAGUUUGCAACUUCCGUGCUAGGAAAGUUGAUACCAAGAAACGCGUGAUUCAUAUUACCUUUUUGUCAGUGAGGAAACAUCUUCGUAGGUUGGGGAUUGGCACCCGAAUCAUCGAUAUCAUUAAAACGCCUCAGAUGUCGGGCCUCUAUGAUGCCAUGGUGGUACAUGCCGACCUGAAUGCUACCGAAUUUUUUGCAAGAAAUGGCUUUUCAGGCGACCCAUUGCUGAACAAGCAAUGGGCCUCUUUUGCUGGUGAAUAUGUCAAUUGUCUUUUGAUGACUUACUUCCCACCACUUUCCUUCGGUUCACCCACAACUAGCAGCUCAAAGCUGCUUCAAUCUAUUGAUAAGUCCAUUGAUAACUGGUUAGUUGCUACGGGAAAUGUGCACCAAAUGCAGUACACUCUGUGCAAGCGACUGCGUGCUGAGGUGGUGCGGCUUCAAAAUCAGCUUCUAUCCCAGGACAGUCUCGUGCAGGUGCUAAAACGUGAGGUGGUAAAGCAGGCACACAUAAUAGAGGGGCUUCGUGGACGUUUGCAGAAGUGCGGCGGUGACGUCGACGCCGGGACUUCCGAUCCCGAUACAGUCACAUUCACCAUGCUUCCGCCCCCUCUGGAUCCCGAAUCCCAACUCUCAAUAAGCUACAGUGGCGUCCUCUUCAGGGACUGCGCCGGUGAUACGGACUAG